CUCUCUCUGUCUCUCUCCGGGAGAAUAACCGGAGAAAAUAUAAAGAAACCAGUAAUCUCUUUGUUUCUUUCAGUCAUUAUCUGAAAAAAGAUUAGGAAAAUAUUAUUAUUUUUGUGAAAGGGAGAAAAAUUUCUUAAACCCAAUUGUUCUUUCUCUUCGAUCGUCACCGUUAUUCUUCUGGAUUGGGUUGGGUAAUUCGCAGAGAUUUUCUGGGUUUUGUAUUAAUUGAUUCUCACUGUUGCUGAUUCGACCCGGAGCCACCAAAGUAAAUGCUCUGUAACGUGGAAAACAUUUUCUUUUCUAGAGAAAAUUUUCGAACUCAUUCGGUUUCUCCAUAGCUAUAAGCUUUGGGUUUUUAGGGUUCUUUUUGAAAAAGAGGAAAAAAAAUUAAAUUUUUUUGGGUAGAAAUUUGAUAGUGCAUAUUCAGAACAGAAAAAGUUUAAACCUUUAAUCGUUUGUUACCUUUUUUCGAUUUGUCUACAUUUUAAGUAUGGAUUUUUGCUCAAUUUAGGUGUAAGUACACAAACAGAUUUUUUACUUCUCUUUCAAUUCUUUUGCCUUUUUGUGAAAAUCGCAUGUAUCUUGUGAUUUUCCCAUUUUUAUUCCUCGUUUUGGGAUUCAUAAAUUCUCUGUUAAUUGAGGAAAUUCAUAGAAUUCAAGUGAUUCAAAAUCGAGUCAAAUUCAGGGUUUUUGUUUCCUUGUUUGGGUAGUGAAGAUCAGGGCGUGUGGAUAUAGAGAUUCAGGGUUCUGGGUUUAUAGCAAAAAAGGUUUCGUGUGUUUUUAGAAUCAAAGGUGAUAUUUUUCUGUUCUCGAGAAAACAAAAAUGGCGGCAAGAGUAGAAGCAUCAAUUGGUAGUGAGAUUGGUGAAGAGACUGAUGAGAGAGGAAGUAUGUGGGACUUGGAUCAGUCGCUUGAUCAACCUAUGGAUGCAGAAGCUGGUCGGCUCAGGAAUAUGUAUAGAGAAAAGAAAUUCUCGGCCUUUCUGCUUCUGCAACUCUCGUUUCAGAGCCUCGGUGUUGUUUAUGGAGAUUUGGGAACUUCUCCUUUAUAUGUUUUCUACAAUACAUUUCCUCGCGGGAUUCAAGACCCUGAAGAUAUCAUUGGAGCUCUAUCGCUAAUCAUUUAUUCCCUCACACUCAUCCCUCUCCUCAAAUACGUUUUCGUUGUAUGCAAAGCAAACGACAACGGUCAAGGUGGAACAUUUGCUCUGUAUUCUUUGCUCUGUAGACACGCAAAAGUGAACACAAUCCCGAACCAACACCGUACAGAUGAAGAGCUCACAACUUAUAGCCGUUCUACGUUUCAUGAGCAUUCUUUUGCUGCAAAAACCAAGAGAUGGUUAGAGAAAGGUCCCUCUAGGAAAAACUCGCUGCUUAUUCUCGUUCUUGUCGGUACUUGCAUGGUGAUCGGUGAUGGAAUCCUUACACCUGCCAUUUCUGUUCUAUCUGCUGCUGGUGGGCUCAGGGUUAACCUUCCUCAUAUAAACAAUGGUGUUGUUGUUGUUGUUGCGGUUGUGAUAUUAGUGAGCUUGUUUAGUGUACAGCAUUAUGGAACAGACAGGGUCGGUUGGCUUUUCGCUCCUGUUGUGUUCCUCUGGUUUCUCUUUAUCGCGAGUAUUGGUAUGUACAAUGUGUGGAAACAUGACCCGAGCGUCUUGAAAGCUUUCUCUCCGGUUUAUAUAUAUCGGUAUUUCAAAAGAGGAGGUCAAGAUCGAUGGACCUCUCUUGGAGGCAUAAUGCUUAGUAUCACUGGGAUCGAAGCUCUCUUUGCUGAUCUAUCACACUUUCCAGUCUCAGCUGUGCAAAUUGCUUUUACUGUAAUUGUUUUUCCUUGCCUCCUCUUGGCGUAUAGUGGACAAGCUGCUUACCUUAGGAAGUAUCCACAUCAUGUAGAAGACGCGUUUUAUCAAUCCAUUCCAAAGAGUGUUUACUGGCCAAUGUUCAUAGUUGCAACAUUUGCUGCAAUAGUUGCAAGCCAAGCCACAAUAUCAGCGACAUUCUCGUUGAUCAAGCAAGCUCUCGCUCACGGAUGUUUCCCUAGAGUCAAAGUCGUGCACACUUCCCGGAAGUUUCUUGGUCAAAUCUAUGUCCCUGACAUAAACUGGAUCCUCAUGAUCCUCUGCAUAGCCGUAACCACCGGAUUCAAGAACCAGAACCAGAUAGGAAACGCUUAUGGCACAGCGGUUGUGAUCGUCAUGCUCGUCACAACUCUUCUCAUGAUGCUGAUCAUGAUACUCGUUUGGCGUUGCCAUUGGGUCUUGGUCCUCUUGUUCACCGUUCUUUCCCUUGUCGUCGAAUGCACUUACUUCUCUGCCGUGCUCUUCAAGGUAAACCAAGGAGGUUGGGUGCCACUUGUCAUCGCUGCGGCGUUUCUCAUCAUCAUGUACGUAUGGCAUUACGGAACGCUCAAGAGGUAUGAGUUUGAGAUGCAUAGUAAAGUCUCCAUGGCUUGGAUUCUUGGUCUUGGUCCUAGUCUUGGUCUUGUCCGUGUUCCCGGGAUUGGUCUUGUUUACACCGAGCUAGCUAGUGGAGUGCCUCACAUCUUCUCUCAUUUCAUCACAAACUUGCCUGCGAUUCACUCUGUGGUGGUCUUUGUUUGCGUCAAGAACCUCCCUGUCUACACUGUACCAGAGGAAGAACGGUUCCUCGUGAAAAGAAUCGGGCCAAGAAACUUCCACAUGUUCCGCUGCGUCGCGAGGUAUGGAUACAGAGACUUGCACAAGAAAGAUGAUGACUUUGAGAAACGGCUCUUUGAAAGUCUCUUCCUUUUCGUCCGACUUGAGUCAAUGAUGGAAGGCUGCUCGGAUUCCGACGAGUAUAGCGUCUGUGGAAGCCAACAACAACAACAACAAGUCAGAGACGGGCUUGGGGAUGGAUACGAGAGUAGGAACUUGUCGACUUUUGAUACGUUUGAUUCGGUAGAGUCAGUGAUAGUACCUGCAGGGGGAAUCAAACGGACGAGCCACACUGUGACGGGGUCGAGCCAGAUUAGCGGAGGAGUGGACGAGCUGGAGUUUAUAAACAGGUGCAGAGACGCAGGAGUGGUGCAUAUUAUGGGGAACACAGUGAUUCGAGCUAGGAGGGAAGCGAGGUUUUACAAGAGGAUAGCUAUUGAUUAUGUGUAUGCGUUUCUUAGGAAGAUUUGUAGAGAGAAUAGUGCUAUCUUCAAUGUUCCUCAGGAAAGCCUUUUGAAUGUCGGGCAGAUUUUUUAUGUGUAAUGCAAUGUAUCAUGUAAAGUGUAAGACAUGAUUGGUUUUAUAUGUUGCUAGAAGCUGUUAAAGAUAAUAAUAGUAGUUUAUGACCAUUUAAUAUAAA